AUGAGGAAGAAAAUGUUUGACAGCCCGCUCAGCAACCGCACGGUGCGCGGCAACACGGAGAGCGGCCGCUACGGCGACAGCUCGCCCAAGGAGGGCGCGCAGGGCCUCGUGGGCAUCCCCCGCGGCGCCUCGCCGCGCCACAUGGAGGGCUGCGCCGCCGACACCGACUACGAGGUGCCGCGGCCGCCGGGCAGCCGCGCGCCGCCCGACGCCGACCCGCCGCCCUGGAUCGCGCUCGUGGCGCGCGGCGGCUGCACCUUCAAGGACAAGAUCACGAACGCGGCGCGCAAGCGGGCGGCCGCCGUGGUCAUCUACAACGAGGCGCGCUUCGGCAACAGCACCGUCUCCAUGUCGCACCUCGGAACAGGAAAUACAGUGGUGAUAAUGGUUGGUUAUCCAAAGGGAAUAGAAAUCCUGGAGCCAGUCCGAAGAGGCAUUCCAGUGAAAAUGAGCAUCGUUGUGGGUACACGGCACGUGCARGAAUAUAUCAGCGGUCAGUCGGUUGUGUUUGUAGCCAUUGCCUUCAUCACCAUGAUGAUUAUAUCGCUUGCCUGGCUCAUAUUUUAUUAUAUACAGCGUUUCCUGUAUACAGGAUCACAAUUUGGAAGCCAGGGACAUAGGAAAGAAACGAAGAAAGCAAUCAGCCAGCUUCAGCUGCAUACUGUGAAGCGUGGAGACAAGGGUUUAGAUGUUGAUGUGGAAAACUGUGCUGUAUGUAUUGAGAACUAUAAACUGAAAGAUACUGUCCGGAUUCUGCCAUGCAAGCAUAUCUUUCAUAGAACGUGCAUUGACCCUUGGCUUUUGGACCACCGAACUUGUCCGAUGUGUAAACUAGAUGUUAUUAAAGCUUUGGGAUACUGGGGGGACCCGGAAGACACGCUCGACGUGCCCAUACCGGAAUCGAUAAGCGGCAGCGUUUCGGUGGGCAGCCUGAGCAUCGCUUUGCAAGAGGACGAGCGAAACGAAGCGAGCGACUUGUCGGCUUCCUCCACUAAUGAGUCGGUAUUGCAGUGCACCAGCUUGAAAGAGGAUGCAGGGGAAACCACAGCGUUACUCGAUGUGGAUGUCAGUAAUAACCGGCAUGGAGAACAUCUGUCUAAUGGAAGUACCCAUUGAACUGCUUCAUGGAAGAUACCUUGAACAGACUGUUAAAGAACUUUUAUUUUUUAUUUAAUUAGUACGAACUUUUGUCUAAUUAAUGGAAAAUAACAAUGUAAAUUAUUUUACCUUUCAAACUUUUCUAGCUGGUGUUCCAAAAGGGCUAAUAACUUAGAAUUUUGUACAAAAGAGGAUUUUAUAAAAUUUCCUCUGGAUGUCUCAUCCUAAAAAAAAGAAAAAACCAACAAAAAAAGAUGCAAUAACCCUUUUUCUGUAAACAUUAUUACAAUGUCGUUGUGUUCCAGAGGGCUGUAACAAAGAUGAAGACUAGGGCAGUGAAAGCCAUGCAGAAUGGUGAACGGUAAAUAUUUUGGAUGCACUAUUUACAUUCAGUACCUACACCCAGAGAACACUUACAAGACUAGAGCUCUUAAAAUGAUCUGAAAGUUCUGAUGUAUUGCAAUUGGAGAUAGAUGCUCUUAGAAAGGGGAAAAAAAAACCCACACUCUAAGGAUUAUUUGAAGAAAUCAAAUAACUCAUGGAUAUGCUACAUAUCCUUUUUCAAGAUGAAAAAGUAAUAGUUACAAAUUUCCUUAUAUGUAAUGAAUGCUGAUGUGAUCUUGUAAUGUGUUCCACUCAGAGUGGAUACUGAGAGAAAAGGAGGCUUUCUCCAGCUCACUAGCUUUUUAUACUGAAUUUGGCAGUAAUAGGUUGUGCUGGGGGUCUUAACGUGCUGAGCAUGUAGACUUAUUUAGGUAUAUGCACACUGGUUACCUCUUUCAAUCUUAAACUCAGUAGAAUGGAGGUAAAGGGCUAAUUAUGGCUAAAAAUAUAUUUAUUAGUCUAUUUAUAAGAUUUUACUGAACUCCUUACUCCUGCUCCCAUCCUGUCUCACUUCCUUAUGUAUAAGCUGGAACCAUUUCCUAAGAUGUUCUAUGAAGCUUUUUUU